AUGGACGAAGAAACUGCCAAAGAGAUUCGCGGACUCCAGGAUCAGUUGAGUUCCCUCCUCUCUCGCAAGCGCAAGAGGGACAAUGAUGCUCUAGAAGAUGAGGUCAAGCACCUCAAACAGCGUCUGACAAAUUCACUCAAGAGAUGUCAAGACGCAAACGCCAAAAGCGCACAGCUCUCAAAGAAAAACAAAGAGCUCGAGAUCGAGAACGAGCUACUUGAAAAGUCAACCAAGGAUCAAGCACAUUCUAUCAGCCGUCUAAGUCUCGAAAUCGACGAGCUGAGCUGGAGCAAGAGAACAACAGACUCAAGGCCAAAUUGGAGAGAUUCGAGAAACAAGAGGCUACCACGAAGAAUGCUAUCUCGGCUAUGA